GGCUCAGUUUGCUCUCGUACGACCUUGCGCGAGGUCACCCGUCGCCAACCCCCCGGCGCACGUUACUCCCUCCGGGACACCCUCCGCUUCCAAUUUCCUCCUCCUUCGCCUGUUUGGUUUCUGUGUCAUCUUCGUCGCCGUCCGUGUCUCUCCUCGCUCUCCGGCGGCAGCAGCAGCAGCAGCAGCAGAGAGAAAUAAAACGCCGCGCCGGUUGCGAGGACGUGCCGUUAAUCGCGUGUCGUGUCUAUUUCGCAACAGGAAAAAAGCGAUCAAAGUGACAAGUGGGCCUAAUUGGUGUGUUACUGUUUCUUCGUGGUUAUAAAUUUUUGCAAUUCGUCGUGGAUGGAUGAUCAUGACAACGACGAGUUAUCAUUGGAUGCUGCUUGUCACACUGUUGCUCAUAUUUGGUCGCGUACCAGAAUCCCAUCAACUCACCAUCAAGAGCAUCAACGUCACCUCCGCGGUGAGGAUCGGUGACGUUGAUCACGUGAUCCUUGACUGUGACUACGCGUUGGAGAACACGUCAAGUAAAGGGUUGGUGGUCAAGUGGUUCUUGAACAACGAAGUGGUCAAUGAUCGUGUGGUCUACCAAUGGAUCUACGGUCAUAAACCCUUGGCUGACGAACCGGCCAAGAAAUACGCUGAUCUCACGUACAUGGUUAGCAAUGAUCCUCUCACCCAAUAUCGGGCUCUGAAGCUAAAGAAGCCAGGAAUCGAUCUAACGGGCGAUUACAAGUGCGUGAUAUCAACAUUUGAGGACGAGCGGUCGGCGAACGCCUCCAUGAUCGUCUAUUCAACGGCGGAAAAGUUCGAUUUCGAGUACAGAAAAAAGAGUAUAGAUGAUAAAGACGGGCUGGAAGCGACGUGCAAAGCCGAGGGUCUUUAUCCUCAGCCGACUCUCGAUAUCUCAGUCAAAGACGUUCCCGAGAAGCAAACUGCAAAGCCCACGGUGACACUUCGUGAAGAUGGAUUAUAUGAUAUCUUAUCACGAGUAGACUUGCUGGAUGAGGAACUACCGGAAGCUGCAGAGCUCAAGUGCACUCUUGACAUCCCGAAAGCGAACUACAGCGUGUCCCGAAAGACCAUCUAUUAUUCCGGAACGGCUACUACUACUUCAUCCGCUACAACGAUACCGCAGCAUAAAAUGGAUAUCCAGGCCCUAGACAGCUCAAAUCCCGGUAAUGGUGGUGGAAACUUCGUCAACCGUGCAUCGAUUAGUCUUAUCCUGUUACCGAUACAUCUGGCUAUUCUCAUUCUGUUUCAUUAAUAAUACAAUCAAUAGAUAAGUUUAGCUAGCGUUGGGUUCGAGUGGUGCCUCGACUAAUCGAUACCAAAUCGUAACUUAUUUCCCAAAUUGUCUUCUCACCCAAAAAUAUACAUAUAUACAUAUAUAUAUAUUUUAUAUAUAUAAUAUAUAAUAUAUAUAUUUUCUUGUAAUAUAUAUGUUUUAAUCAUAUUUUUGUGAAAAUAGAGAUUAUUGAGUGCGUUGCAAAGCUUUUACUAUAGUUUUUUAAGAUUCUUUUUAAAUAUAUUUCUAUUAAAUAUUUAUAUUGACAUUUUUGAAUAUAGCUGUUGAUAGCUAUUUUUUAAAAUGUUGUUUGAAGUAUUGUAUAAAUUGAAAACUUUUGCAUAUACAUUUUAGCUUGCUGAAACUUACGAUGCGAAUUCUGUGUUUUUGGUUAAAUCAAUAUUCUUUAAUCAAUAACCGUAUACGGGAUGUCUGAAUAAAAUGUAGUACACCACCGUCGAGAUGAUCUCUCGUGGAAAAACACAUACAAACAAAAAAUAGAAUAAAUUGUGUUGUUACCGACGCGUGGUUUUCGAGAAAAUCGAGUUUGUGAAUAUGAAAGAGUUAUAUGUUUAUUUAAACACGUGAAUAAAUCUGGCACAGCCCAUUGCGGGUGACUUGACAAUAUUUGUAUGUAAAAAUGCUGCACAAAAAUAAUUUUUUAUAAAAAAAACUGCUAGAAAUAAAAUCUACUGAACUUUCACGAUACCGUCGGGUGUGCGUACCAAAAAAACACCAGUACUUGCGUAUUACAUUAUUACUGUCGAACAUCCUGUAUGCGUAAGGACGAUAAAAGUAUGGUAUAUUUUUUCCAUAAAUUUGUCCGUAAACGUAUACAGCAAUUAGCCCAAAUUUUGCGUCUUUCAUGCAGUUGAAAAUCGCAGGAAAUUUAAAAUUACAAUGCAUGUUAAUUUUACCUUUAUUGAUUUCUAGAGGAAUGGCUAAACUGAGAGCAAUUGAUUGUUGGCCUAAUUAGAAAAGUUUAUGACUGUCCUUUAUCACGAUGUAAAGAAUACGAAAAACACACAAGACCUAAUGUAAAAUAUAAAAUAUAUAAGCGUCUUGUAUACAUUUUCUAUAUUUUAAAAACUCGAACUUAUAAAAAUUAUA